AUGAAAAACAAAUACUACUAUUCACUAUUGUUAGUCAUAUUGUUGUCAGUCCACUUAUCUAAACAGUCGACAAUUAAUACUGUUGUAGAACGAGGCAACGACUGUCCGGAAAGCCAACCUUGGCCGUGUCGAACACCCAGAAUAUGUUUAUCAUUCGAUUUUAUAUGUGAUGGUGAACCAGAUUGUCCUGAUCUGUAUGAUGAAGAUCCUGAAAUGUGUACUGCAAAAUUAAGGCCGGCACAAGAACAUUUAGCUGGAUUUAUACAUCGAUAUCAAAGUUGGUUAAUACCCGGGUUUUUAGGACGUGGAACACCGGAGGAACUGGCAGCUAAACUUGUCGAAAGUAAGACAGUGUCCGAUUACGCAAUAGCUGCAAGGUUGAACGCAACACAAUUAAACAACCUGAUAAAACUAAUGGAAGGUGUUAAAGCGGGUAAAGAAAUGGAGCUGUUCCUGUUGGGUAUGCCAUUGGGGGCAUGGAGCGAGCUAUACACUCUAUUUCAUCGAAUAUAUAUUAGUGGAUUUCUGGAUAACAUUGAACCAGCUGAAAAUUUUCAAUCUUUAAACAAACAACACAAACAAGAAUUCUGGAGAAAUCAUCUUAAUCAACACGUGAAACGUUAUGUUUAUUAUUAA